AUGGACAGUGACAUUGAGUUCACUGUUCCAAAUGGAAAUCUGACUUUCCAGCGAGGGCAGGUCACCUAUUCCAUUCCGGAGGAAAUGGCAAAAGGCUCUUUAAUAGGUAACAUUGCUCGAGAUUUGGGUUUAGACGUCAAAAGGCUGAAGACGGGGAAAGCUCGCAUUUACACGGGAGACAGCGCUCAGUAUAUUGAGCUGAAUAGAGAACGAGGAGUCCUCCUUGUAAAAGAAAAAAUGGACCGCGAGGUGCUUUGCAAGCAAACGACGCCUUGUGCUUUGCACUUCCAAAUCACACUUGAGAAUCCGUUAGAAUUAUUCCCCAUCACCAUCCUGAUCCAGGACGCCAAUGACAAUGGCCCUCAGGUCCUGUACCCAGUCCAGACAGGCGGCUCGGUGCUGGCUGAAAUGGUUCCUCGUUCGGCAGAUGUGGGCUAUCUGGUGACAAAAGUGGUGGCUGUGGACGUAGACUCUGGACAGAAUGCCUGGCUCUCAUAUAAAGUGCACAAAGCCUCAGACAGAGCACUGUUUGAAGUGGGCCUCCACAAUGGAGAAGUAAGAACCGUCCGCCAAGUGACUGAUAAAGACGCUGUCAAGCAAAGACUGACUGUUGUAGUGGAGGACAAUGGGCAGCCUUCUCGUUCAGCUACAGUCAUUGUUAACGUGGCAGUGGCGGACAGCUUCCCUGAAGUGUUGUCUGAAUUCACAGACUUUAGCAUUCAUGACAAGGAAUACAAUGAGAAGCUGACCUUUUACUUAGUCUUGGCUUUAGCUGUGGUCUCCUUCCUCUUCAUCACCUGCUUGCUGCUUAUUAUAUCAGUCAAAGUGUACAGGUGGCGACAGUCUCGCAUCAUGUACCACUCCAACUUGCCUGUUAUUCCAUAUUAUCCGCCAAGAUACUCAGAUACUUUGGGAACAGGGACUCUACCGCACGUUUACAACUAUGAGGUGUGCAGGACCACUGACUCCAGAAAAAGUGACUGCAAAUUGGACAGGACUGCAAGUCAGAAUGUUCUGGUGAUGGACCCCAGUUGUACAGGGACCAUGCAGAAGAUUUAUAGGGAAAAGAAUAUCCUGGAUGAACCUGACUCUCCUCUGGAGCACCACGGAUAG